AUGUUCCCGACGCUGACGCCGCGUAUUGUCGAUCUCUACGGCGCCAGUGGAAGUGCAUACCGUGUAGGAGAAGCAGAAGCGUAUGCUCAAGACCUGGACGAGCUUGAACGCGAGGAAAAAGCACUGGAAAACAUGGUACAGGAGCUGGUGAAUCGUCGAGCACCGGUGCCUAUUGGCGUUAAAUUCCACCGCGAACGAGUCGAAAACACUACACAGCAAGAAGUAGCCGCACGAUCGAAGGGGAUUCAGGGUGGGGAGUUAUGUCAAGAUCGAGAGGCUUCGUUUGUAAGGUCAAGCUCUUCCGAUGGAGAGGGGGAUGAAGAAGAGGAAGAGGAAGGAGGAGAAGCUAUGGACGAGGACGAGUUGGUGAACGAAGAUGACGAGGAAGAAGAGGAGGAAACGACAGCGAGGAGGACGAUUGUUCGUGGGGAAGGACCGCAACGCGGCGAAGACUCGUUCGCACGGGUUUUGUUCGAGUCAGGCGACGACUCGAUGGAGUUGGAGGAACCGGUUCGUCCAAGUGGUUGGAAUUAG